AUGGCUGAUGAUCAGAACGGCAAAGAAGCUAUCAACGUGGCUUAUGCCGUUAUUUCAAGCUUGGCGUUAAGUGCAAACUCGUUAGUUUGCAUUUUAUUUGCGAAAAACAGAGUUUUGCUUAAAAAAUCAUAUAACGUUUUCUUGCUACUCUUGGCCAUCACUGAUUUAUUGAACGCCAUACUUCUCUUGGUUACUUCAACGAUCACGUUGAACGGGUGGAAACACUGGAAAGGUGAACACGAUUUACAGACCAAGGUUUCCUGUUGCCCUAUUUGGUUAACAUGGAUUGCGUUCACAUUCAGCAACGCUUCAGUGUAUAUUUGCCUCGUCCUGACGUACAAACGUUGGUGUGCUGUGGUCAAACCAUUAGCUUACCAAACAAAUUUGAACAAGAGACGGUUGAUUGGUGGAUCUGUGGCCAUAUGGCUCCUUGCGUUGUUGUCGUCAACACCACGACUCUUUGAGGUUUUCUUUAAUGACAGUAAGUCUGAUAACUUAGAUAUAUGCAGCAUCGGGAAGACAAUUUCAGUAACACUCAGGAAAAUAUUGGCAGUGAUUCAGCUGAUUCUGAACGUCGCUGUACCUUCAGGGAUGAUGACGGGAAUCUAUUUUCACAUGCUUUUCAAAACACGAAUCCAAAAGAACCAAGUUUUACCCAAUGGCCGCGCCAUUCGCAGUCGCCAAGGAAGAAUGCGUAUGGUGAAGAUUGCGUUACUCUCAAUGAUGUCAUUUUGGAUACCUUAUCAAGUGUUACAUUUACUGUCACUGUUUGAGAUCACAGACAUGACCUUCCCAUCAUACCACUGGACCUCUGCCUUAGUGUUUGUCUCUUCCUGCGUCAACCCCUUCAUAUACGGCGUAACUAAUCAUAGUUAUCGACGCGGUUACUUCGAGAUCGCGUUGGGUUGUUGUCCAGUCAAAGUGCAUGGUUUCCUGUCACGCCAUCUGCCCUUAUCGCAGACUUAUCACGCAGCGGUAUUAGUUCAGUCUUUACACGGGAGAGUGAGGCCUGCAUCAGCUCCUCACAAAGUAAGACAAUCGAUAAAAGUGGACUCGAUAGACCCUUAG